UGGUCUAAAUCUGGAUAGCUAGUUGGAGAUAAUGACACGCAGGUCAUCAUCUCCACGCACACAAGUCUCGAGCUCAUGCGUCUCGAGGUCCACACACCAGUAUCAGACAAGGAAUGCGGCUCGGACUGUCGAGGUUUUUGAUGCCCCUGCUUUCAAGCGGUCCGGGUGACUCCAUUCUUCAUGUCCUGAGUGAAAUUUUUCUCUUCUAAAGCUCUGCCCAUUUGUUGCAAAGCUCCGUGACCUUAUCAGGCUUCGGUAAAAGGUCCAAAUUCAUAUUUGCAGGAAGACCUAAACUCUAUUUCAGGUUUAUGACAUCGUAACGAGUUUCUCACUAAAAUGACUCCAUUUCAAGUUUCUCAUUAAAAUGUCACAUCCGUUGUUUACCCUACUGCAUGGGAAGUAUGGAAAACGAUCAUCUUGCAAGGUGGGUCAGAUUGCCGUUAUCUCAAACAAUACGGAAGCAAAGGUGGGUAAUCUAACUCAGGAAUAAAUUCCAAACGAAUGAAACAAUAACCAAGAUUUAAACAACCCGCGAUUGGUUUCUCAACACGCAACGAAGAGGUCAAUUGAAGACUGCCUUCAAAAUUCUUUGGAACAUUGACGAUCAACAGACGCUGAAAUUUGAUUGCAUCAUGCUCAGCAGUCGCUUGUUGCUCCCUCAGGGCUGCAUCACUGGUUAAACACAAUCACUUCUUCUUCUUCUUCUUCUUUCGUUUAUUUAUUUUUAGGUUGGAGAUGAUAGUAGUCCUGUGGAUGAUAUGGCCUUGAAAGACCUGGUGCCGCAAUUUGGCAAAUUUACAAGACGAGAGGUACGUGUGAUGAAGAGGAGAAUCAUUCUCCGCUUCCACAACAAUUGCGGCGAAGGUACAGAUGCUGUGGGAUGAGCACAAUCAGGAAGCCAUUUUGUCUGUGGCCGGGCCGUGUGAUGGAGCAUGACAUGGCUUUUGGUGGUUUCAGACUGAGUGUAUGAUGUGCAAUAUUGGUGGGGAUCUAUCUCCCUGCGAGCGCGUUUGUACACGGUGUGCGUGUUUUGGUUGCAGCUACAGGAUCCGGCUAAUUCUUUAGCGACUAGGAAAUCAAUGCGUUGGGUAGAUGCAGAUUGUCGGUAUUCCAUGUGGGAUGGCAGAGUGCGUGCCAUGAACGGCGGUUUGCGACAGGAUUCGUGCCCUCCCACCACAUAUCGCUUCGGUGGUUGGGCUAGUGCUACAGCAGGUCUUCGUUGCUCUUCCGCAGACCUCUCUUGUCACUUCUCGGCACUACAGGUGUCUGCUCCAGGUUUUUGUAACAGUUGUUAACUGCGUGCAGACCCCGGCGCCACCGUAGCCAUCCGGCGAGGAGCUGAUCUGGAGGCGUUUACUUUAGCAUCUUGUUCUGUGGAGAGAGCAACAUUGUGCAGACCGUCGUCGCGGAGUUGUCAUCCAAAGAUGAUCUCUCCAUAGGUCGCUGUGCAUGCUGGGCCCUUCGUCUCUUUUGCGACUUCUGCGAAAGGGUGUGUGUCGGAAAGAUGAAGGGAGGUGUUGGGACCUUGGAAGUACUUUGCAUCGCAGAUCAAGCUGUUCAAACUGGACUGUGAGUUCGCUCACCUUAUGAAACCUGUUAGUACACGUAAAAUGCAGAAUACUAAGCGCGCGACUCGGAAAGGAAAUGAGCGAUUGUUUAAAUCUUUUCUACUCCCUCCCUUGAUCGAUUAAACGCUUGUCGGUACUUCGUUCUUCUGUGAACUAGCUCCCCGACUGCCUCGUCAUCUGUUAACACUUGGGGAUGCACCAUCUUUGUAGCAGGCCUUGCUUGAUGACCUCCAUGCAAACUUUUACCUACUUCGAAAUGUUGAAAGAAUGCCUCGCGUUUGAGCCGUUGGCUGUACGCGUUUCAUCGCCGGUGCUUUGCCAUUACAGCGGCGACACUUUCCAAGUGUAGCGUAGGGUUAUUCUAGUGACGAGAUGCUGGAAACCGCAACCAGUGACCUGCGCAGCGUGAUUUCUUAGAAUAAUGUUAUAAAUCUGGUGCGACACACACUUGGAAACACAUCUGGAAACGAAUGCCUCCCAAAUCGGCUUAGUCUGUCAUAUACCAACACACUGCGCAGACGCAGGGUUCGGUGUCUGUUACAACUACAGUGUGCAGAAAGCAAGCGAUCUGCAUGCGGGAGGUAUUUUGUGAGGUCAGCAAUCCGAGGCGAUUUGAGAAAGUUGUAGCAAUGGCUGCCCAUUGGCUUGGUCAGCUCAGUCACAGAGUUUCGAUGUUGGCGGUGGCAGCACAAGGUGUCAUGGAUGUCAAAGAGCAUCCAAUACAUACCAUUCUGGCUGAUUUUGCCAUUUCUCUUGAGAAUCUUGCAAGUACUUUGAAGAAAUUGCAGAAAGAGUUGGAGAAUCAAUCUCCUUUGAGCCCCAUCAGGUUCCAGCACCUCAAAAUUGAGACAGAAAUGACAUCUGUGGAGCGACUAGUGAUGGCACUGAAAACCCAGUCCCAACUCUCCUUACUCCUGAGUUAUCCUUUUCUUCUCACAAAGUUACAUUCAUAUAGAGAGAACUUGAGCAGAGAUUUCGAAAGUAUUAUCCAGGCUGUCGUUUGCAGCGGAGUAGUGAAACAGCAGGUAUGUCAAACGCAACAACAUCUGAAGGAAGGUCCUCCUAAGCUAGGGCCUAAAGAACAAGCUGCUCUCGACUCAUUGGACAUGAUCAUUGAGGGGUCGACGCCCCAAAAGUGCAAAGAGCUCGCUGAGCAAGUUGCAGAAUAUAUGAGUCUUGAUCUCAGUCAGGUAGCAUUCGCUGAUCAACUCGCAGAAGUGAAAAAGAAUAUAGGGAAGGCGGAGAUUUUUGAUGAUACCAUUUUUCCAAAAUACUUGCACAAUUGUGUCAAGGUGUUGGAGAAGGGUUUGGCAUUUCAGGAGGAACCAGCAGCAUGUGACGAUGACAUUCUUUCAGAUCCAACGAUGCCACCGUCAAGCGAGGGGCACAUAAAAGAGGUGUUUGCGCCCACACCGCCGCUCUCUUCCUUCAUUUGUCCGAUCACGAGGCAGGUCAUGAAGGAUCCCGUGCAGGUUUCUUCUGGCCAGACGUACGAGCGAAGCGCGAUUGAGCAGUGGUUUGAGGGGGGGGAAACCACUUGUCCGUUAGGGGUUAAGCUAAAAAACACCAAGGUGAAGCCAAAUCACGCUUUGAGACAAUCUAUUUCAGAAUGGAGGGAGAGAAACUACGUUGUUCGGCUUCACAUUGCCGAGUCGCGGCUGAGGUCGUCACAGCCCAAUCAACAAUUGCGCGGUGCGCGAGAUAUAAUAGCAGUGUGUGAGGAAGAUCCAGUUAAUAAAAAUGAAGCUUCGUCCAGAAAGAUGAUUCCUCUGUUGAUUCAAUUAGCUAAUCAUCCUGAUACUUCUUCCACACUGCGAGAGCACUGCUUCAAUGCUCUGGCUGCUCUUGCCCACGGUCAUCAAGAAAAUCAGGAUACUCUUGUAUGUGAAGGGGUGAUGAACGUAUUGGUACGCAGCCUAAGGAACUACGACGAAGCGGAACCAGCUAUUAAAUUGUUGAAAAUUUUAUCUUCUACUCCCAAAACGGCAGAAAUGAUCUGCCGAAUGCCUGAUGCUGUUCUGCUACUGGUAACUUUUUUGGGGCAUGAAAAGGAGGAGCUGGUGAUCUCCGUGAAAUCGGUGUUGGUGAACCUACCGACCACAGAUAAAAUCGUUGUUCACAUGGCGGAAGCAAAUCUUUUGAUUCCCUUAGCCACACGUCUCGUGGAAGGAGAAAAAGAGUCAAAGAUUUUGAUGGCUAAGACCCUAGCCCGUUUGAAGCACAUGCCUGAGAGUAGCAAGAUUUUGGCAAGCUCUCAAGACACUAUCACAGCAUUGACGAACAUGACGAAAUCGAGGGAUGCAGAUGAAGUCAACGCCGCCAUUGGCGCGCUGGAGAACCUUUCUAAAGCUCCAAGAGUUGGCACUGUGAUAUCUGCUUGCUCAGGACUGGAGGUUCUGGUCAAGUUGCUUACCUCCCAAGCAUCGGUAGAAACGAAGAUUACUGCAUCCCGCGUUGUUGCUAAUGUACUAGCGGCAGUUGGCGACGAGUGGCCACAAAGCGAAGACAGGGAUGCGGACAUCGACAACUACCUUGAUACUUUUAUAAUGCUAAUAUCGAGCAGCGCCAGGCCUACAACGAAUGCAUUGGUGCAGUCGCAUUUGCUGCAAGGUCUUUUUAGUCUCGUUAAGGGCAGAGACACGGGCGAGGUUACCAGGGAAAUGUUGUUGAGAAGAAACGUCUUUUCUGUUCUUACUCCUCAUUUUAAAGAUUCAAGGCUUGAAACAAGGCGAGACUCGCUGAGGCUAGUCUCUUCCUUGUCGAGGAAGCAUGGAGCGGAGGCAUGGUUAGCGAUAAGUAUACAAUGUGGUACUUUGAAGUUUCUCGUCGACAUGUUGAGCGCAGAGGAGAUCACCGAGAAUGAGGAGUUGGAUGCUGCGAGGAUAAUCUCCCAUCUUCCAGCAGAAGACCAAAAUCUGACCAUCACAUUAGCGCAGCAAUUUAACAUUGUUCCGCACUUGGUACACCACUUGUCUUCGAAAAAUCAGUCUCUUCAAGAGGCGUGUCUGGGUGCUCUCGUCCGAUUCACCACUCCUGAAACUUUAGAUCUUCAGAAACAACUAGCAGACAUGGGCGUGAUUCCAGCAUUGGUUGCAUUCCUCGACUCACGACGACCACGGACGAAGAUACACGCUGCCCAGGCGCUAGCCAAUUUCUCUAGAAGCUCCUCUCGUUUAAUAAGGCCAGUGGCACCAAACAAAUGUUGGCAAUGCUUUGCACCAACACCGAUCACCUGCAACCUACAUGGAAGCCUGUGCUCGGUCAAAAGCACCUAUUGUUUACUGGAGGCAGAGGCGAUACCACCCUUGGUGACCAUCGUCGCGGAGGACAAAGAAAAGGUUGCGGAAGCGGCCUUGGAAGCCCUCUACACCCUGGUCGAAGAUGAAAGGCACUCGGAGCGAGGAUGUAACGUGCUGCACCAAGCGAAUGCGCUGCGGACCAUCAUUUCUAAGCUGCCAAACGGCACGCCAAGGUCGCAGGAAAUUUCCAUCUGCAUUUGCGAGAAGUUCUUGGGCAUCCCGCAUUACCAGCACGCGCUAGGAGCAUCUGCUCAAAUGCAUAUCAUCGCCAUCGCCCAGCAAGCGCCGCCGAGCAGGACCAAAGAGAUCGCUGGCAAAAUUCUCAACCAGCUCGAACUUCUCGGCUCCCUUGUUGGGUCCAAUUCGAACAUCUUCCAACAGAGCAGCGUCUCAGCGUCGUAGCUGCUGCCCAGUCGCCUCACCGCGACUUCGAUAGAUUCAUGAUCCCUCCGCAACUUCAACGAAUUUCUUCUCUUCCCGAUGCGCGUACCAAUCUAGGAUCCUACCGAUACCUCAACUUUGUCGGUGGACCCAGUUGCUGUACCCGGUGAACAGAUAAUUGGAUCGUAACAGUCGUAAUUGGGAGUAGUAAUUGACCAGAAACAAGGAGGCCGCUGGAGUGCGGCGGCCACCUCAAGCGUCACGCUGUUUCGGUGCUACGGCGUUGUCUAGACAAUGAGCUCGGUGUCGGUGCCGACAUCGCCGAUCCAGGUGUGAACAUCGGUCGGCGGUCGUUUCUUCCUGAUCUAUUACACACGUGUUCGGUUAAUUCAUAGUGGAUAUGUGAUCCGAGUCGUAAUUGUGAAGGAAAUGGGAGCAUUACUUAACACUAUAUAUAUAUAUAUAUAUAUAUAUAUAUACACAUGUAGAUAGAUUUCUCUUUUUCACAUGAGAGUUUUCAACCUAAAAUAUACAUUUUUGGAAGUAUGCUAUUGUGGUAUGCUAUUGUGGUAUUUCUUUUUA